AUGUAAAGUUUUGAGAUUUUAAUUGCUUAAGUUUAACACAAAAAUGAAUUAGUUCAUCAAUUACUUGAAUAAGCCUAUGAAACAGAAUAAAAAUAAUUAGAUAAUAACUAAGUAACUAAGGCAAUUGAAUAUAUUCUUGAAAACCCCUAUCUUGGAUUUUUUUUAAUUUAUACAGAGAAUCAUCAAAUUUUUGGAUAAAUUCUAAUGACAAAAGAAUAUAAUAUAUAUUCAGGAUUGACAUGUUGGUUUUAAUCUGUAUUUUUAUGGUUUGGUUAAAACUUAGGUUUAUGUAAAGAAGAAUCAUAGAUAGAAGGGAAUUUUUAAGAAAAUGCAUAAAGAGUUUUUGAAAUAUGCUGCAAAGGAGAAAGCAGUGACUAAAUUAUAUGUUGAAUUUGAAAAUAAAAAUGCAAUUAAAGUUUAUGAAAAAUUAGGAAUGGUAAGAACAGAUGAGACAAUAUUUGAAGAUGAUUUUGUAUUUCAUCCUGUGAAGUAAGAACAAAUUAAUAAUAGAUUAGAAUAAUUAAUCUUGGUUAAGAUUGUGUAACAAGAAGUACAAGUAACAAAAAAGAAAUAGAGGAUUUAAUAAAGAAAGGAAAGAGUAUAUUAGGUAAUGAUUUAAAUCAAUAAUUAAAAAUUGAGUAUUGUUUAAAUAAUAACAAAAAUUCAUUUGUGAUUGCAGAAAGCUAAACUGAUUAUUUAAUAGGUUUAUAUUUCUUAGAAUUUAGUGAUUGGAGAAAUGGAGUAUAAUUAUAUUAUAUUCAUAGUUAAUUCUUUGGUUUUAUGAUUUUAUCAGUUCAACUUAUAAUAAUGGAUUGAUUAGUAUGAUGAUAAGCAGUUUGUUGAAUUCAAUAAAACAAAAGCAAAUAAAGUUUAAUUCUGAAGUAAAAGGAAUAAGAAUACUUAUAGAUAAAUCAAAAGGAUAACGAUUAGAAUAAUUAUUAGAAGUUGUUGGUCUAAAAGAAUCACACUAUUAUAUAUAUUAUUAAAAAAGUGAUUGA